AUGCAAACAAUAUCGGUUGCAAUGUUUGAUGGUGGUAAUGGUAGUAGCAACGGUGGUGAUGGUGGUGGUUGUUGUAGUAUUGGAGGAAAUUCGACAACCGGAAUAGGUACCAUGAUGCAUCAGUUAGCUACAAGCGGAACCGAUCAUACGGUUGUUACAACUGCUGCUGCAGCUCAGCGAAUGGGAAUGUCGUUUGGGAUCCAUAGUUUGUUGGGAUUAGCAUCAGCUCGUGAUAUGCAACAAGGUACCGCUGCAACUUAUCUCACCACAGCUCCACAAUAUUGUACCAAUCAAACAGUAUCAUUCUUUCCUCAUAACGCACCACAAUUAUUUACUAUGGAAAUACCACAAAAUCGGUUUGAUCGAGUCCAAUAUGAACCAAUUAAUCAGGGGAUGUCCGAAAUGGAUUAUACCGGUAUCCGGUCAAAUUCAAUGUUUGGAACGGCAACUACUAUAACAAACAUUCCCUCAUCAAACAGUCAAAAAACUAUUUCAAAAAGAAAAAAACGUCGCCAUCGAACGAUUUUCACGCAAUUUCAAGUCGAUGAAUUGGAAAAAGCCUUCCAGGAAGCCCAUUAUCCUGAUAUGUAUGCUCGUGAACUAUUAGCUAUGAAGACUGAAAUUGCGGUAGAUCGAAUACAGGUUUGGUUUCAAAAUCGUCGAGCCAAAUGGAGGAAAACAGAGAAAACAUGGGGGAAAAGUACAAUAAUGGCAGAAUACGGACUGUACGGUGCAAUGGUUCGACAUUCGUUACCAUUGCCAGAAACGAUUACACGAUCAUCCGAAAAUCCAAACGAAUCCGCUGCUCCAUGGCUUUUAGGAAUGCAUAAGAAAAGUCUCGAAGCAGCAGCACAUUUGGAAAAUGAUGAAAUCGAUAAGGAAUCGAAUGAGGAUGACAGGUCAGUGGAUGCAUGCUCACCGGGUAUUUCAAAUAAUAAUGGUAAUAAUAACAAUAAUAAUAAUGAUCUUAAUCAUAAUCAGCAAAAUACCAAGUUAUCUGCUUAUCAUCAAUAUAAUGGUUUACAAUAUCUAAACAAAUAUACCAAUCCUGCUAGGCAAAAUUAG